AUGGCUAUCAAUGCGAGCUUCGUUUCGCCUACGGCCGACGCAAAGGUCGCCCACAUGGCGGCUUCGUUCGAUGCCAACGGCCUGGUUUCGAUGUUGAUGAACAACCUUAGCGGAUGGAGGCUCGUUCUGACCAUCCUUGUGCUUGCGAUCGCAUACGAUCAGUUCAAGUACGUCUGGAACAAGGGCUCAAUUGUCGGGCCCAUGUGGAAGGCACCAUUUAUCGGACCGUUCCUAGAGUCUGUCAACCCAGAUUUCAACGCGUACCACGCAAAAUGGGAGUCUGGUCCUUUGAGCUGUGUUUCCGUCUUCCACAAGUUCGUCGUUAUCGCCUCCACGCGUGAUAUGGCCCGUAAAAUCUUCAACUCGCCUACGUUUGUCAAGCCCUGUGUCGUCGAUGCCGCGUACAAGCUCCUACGACCUCAGAAUUGGGUCUUCCUCGAUGGCAAAGCUCACGUCGAUUACCGGAAAGGUCUAAACGGUCUCUUCACUCGCCACGCGCUCGAGCAAUACCUUCCUAUCCAGGAGCAAAUCUACAACGAGUACUUCAAGAAGUUCGUACAGAUCAGCAAGGACAACAACGGCAAGCAUGUGCCGUUCAUGGGCGAGUUCCGUGAACUGCAGUGCGCCCUCAGCUGCCGCACCUUUGUCGGCCAAUACAUUACUGAAGAAGCGAUCAAGAAAAUUGCGGACGACUAUUACUUGAUCACGGCCGCGCUUGAGCUAGUCAACUUCCCUAUCAUCCUUCCGUUCACGAAGAGCUGGUAUGGCAAGAAGUCCGCGGACAUGGUUCUAGAAGAGUUCUCUCGAUGCGCCGCCAAAGCUAAAGUUCGCCUUGCUGCUGGAGGCGACAACAAGUGCAUUCUUGAUUUCUGGGUGUCGGCCAUGAUCGAGUCGGAGAAGUACCGCCAGAGGAUCGCCGCUGGGGAGAAAGUCCCUGAUACCGAGAAGCCCUCGAUGUUGAUCCGUGAAUUCACCGACUUCGAGAUAUCCAUGACGCUGUUUACGUUCCUUUUCGCUUCCCAGGAUGCCACUUCUUCAGCCAACACCUGGUUGUUUCAGAUCAUGGCUGACCGACCUGAGUUUCUUGAGAAGGUGCGCGAGGAGAACAUUGCUGCUCGUAACGGCGACAUCCAUGCUCCAAUCAGUCUGGAUAACCUCGAGAAGCUCCCGUGGACACGUGCCGUUGUUAAGGAGACUCUGCGCUACCGCCCUCCCGUCAUCAUGGUGCCCUACGUCGCAAAGAAGGAUUUCCCCAUCACACCUGAGUACACCGCUCCCAAGGGCUCGAUGGUGAUCCCUACGACCUACAUGGCUCUCCACGACCCCGAAGCGUACCAAGACCCAGAAUCUUUCAUUCCGGAACGAUGGAUCUCCGGUGAUGCAGACAAACAGGUCAAGAACUGGCUGGUGUUCGGAACGGGUCCUCACUACUGCCUGGGCCAGGUCUAUGCACAGGCUAACCUGAUGCUCAUGAUUGGCAAGGCCAGUAUGAUGCUAGACUGGAACCACCAAGUCACGGACAAGAGCGAGGAGAUUAAGGUGUUCGCCACGAUUUUCCCGAUGGACGACUGCCUUCUCACCUUCAAGGAGCGGGACGCAUAA